CCAGCUGAUCGAAGCCCUAAAACCCUCGCUGUUAUGAAGAACUUGAAUGCUUUUCUGUAAUCCAUAGAAACCGAAGCAAACAAUGGAAACCAGUUCAGACAUGGAUGUGGAGGAACAACCUUCACCCAACUCCAACAACGUUAAACGCUUCGGCCUUAAAAACUCUAUUCAAACCAACUUCGGCGACGACUAUGUUUUCCAAAUUGUCCCAAAGGAUGAUUGGAGUUCAAUGGCAGUGUCAUUGUCGACAAACACAGUGAAACUGUAUUCGCCGGUUGGGGGUCACUAUUAUGGAGAGUGCAAGGGUCACACUGCAACAAUCAAUCAGAUUUUGUUUUUGGGUCCUUCCAAUCCCAAUGUUCUAAGCUCUUGUUCUUCUGAUGGUACUAUUAGAGCUUGGGACACUAGAACACUUCAGCAGGUUUCUUCCAUCAAUACGGGUUCUUCUCAAGAGGUUUUCAGCUUCUCUGUUGGAGGGACUAGUGGAAAUUUAAUUGCUGCUGGUUGUAAAUCGCAGAUACUCUUCUGGGAUUGGAGAAAUAAGAAGCAAAUUGCAUGCCUGGAGGACUCUCAUGUGGAUGAUGUCACUCAGGUUCAUUUUGUCCCUGAUGAGCAAGACAAGCUUAUUUCUGCUUCAGUAGAUGGAUUGAUCUGCACAUUUGAUACCACUGGAGAUAUCAAUGACGAUGAUCAUCUAGAAUCAGUGAUUAAUGUGGGGACUUCAAUUGCAAAGGUGGGGAUUUUUGGAGAAAGUUACCGGAAGCUUUGGUGUCUAACACACAUUGAAACCCUAGGUAUCUGGAACUGGAAAGAUGGUACAAAUGAAGUAAAUUUCUCAGAUGCUCGUACUUUAGCCUCUGAAAGUUGGAGUUUGGAUCAUGUUGACUAUUUCGUUGAUUGUCACUACUCUGCUGAAGCUGAAAAACUAUGGGUGAUUGGUGGCACUAAUGCUGGUACUUUGGGCUACUUUCCUGUAAAUUACAAUGGAAUGGCAACAAUUGGAACUGCAGAAGCAAUUCUAGAGGGUGGCCACACAAGUGUUAUUAGGAGUGUUUUACCCAUGUCAAGAAUUCAUAGUAAUAGUCCUAGCCAAGGCAUUUUUGGAUGGACUGGUGGUGAAGAUGGUCAGCUUUGUUGUUGGCUCUCUGAUGAUUCCUCUCAAAUAAAUCGAUCUUGGAUUUCAAGUACGUUGAUUGUGAGGCCAGAAAGAACAUGCAAGAAAAAUCGUCACCAUCCCUACUAGCAAAAAGUUUGAUAGCUCAAUGCUGACGGAACAUUUUUUGUUUUCUUUUUCAUUUAGUUAGGCUCAUUUUUCACUACAACUUGUGUUUGAGAUGUGAUGAUUUUGAUAUAAGCACUGUAUUUUUUGUCAGAUAUAUAGUUACUGCAUGUAAUAUUUAUACGGGAUCGGUUUACCUAGUCCUUUUUUUACGAAAACGUACUACUACACUUGAU